AUACACAUACACACACGCACAUAUAUAUAUCUUCUUCUGGGCGGGGUUGAUAGAUAUAUUCCUGUACGUAUUGUAGUUGGGCACAAUUUUGUUGAGGCUUCAGAUCAUAGAAUUGAAGGCGAGCUGCGCGAUAUAUACAUACACGCAGAUGUAAACAAGCUAAGGCGGCUUCAAUUCACUCAUCAUCAUCAUCAUAUAUAUAUCCUUUCUGAUCUGCUGCAACAAUUUGAACAACAAACACUACAGUGAUCCAUUAAUCUGGGCGGAAUUGAAGAUGUGGUCGACGGCGGCGUGUACGAGGAGGUUGGCUAUGUCCUCCUUUUUGCUCAUUUUGUACGUUCAUCUCUUCACUUUGGUCGUCCCUCAGUUACAAGCACUCAAAUUUGGACCAGAUAGGCAAUUGCUUGAAGUAAACAAUGGCAUAGAAUCCAUGAAAGAAUCAGAUGGCACAGUGAGGAUUGACCCUUUGGACAGUUUCAAGAAAUACAGGGGAGGCUAUGAUAUUAGGAACAAACACUACUGGAGUUCCACUGUGUUUACAGGUAAAUAUGGGUAUGCAAUUGCAGUAGUGUGGCUAUUAUGUGGCUUCUUCUAUGGAGUAUUUCUCCUUGUCACCACAUUUUGCUGUAAAAGAGAGAGAAAGAAGCUCAAGAAGAGGAAAGUCCCAUGUCAGAAGCAUUGUUAUCUCUGGCCUUUUCUCUCUGCAAUCUUCUUCACACUUCUAGCAGUGAUAGCAUCGGGUCUAGUCCUUGGAGGGAACGCGAGGUUCCAUUCGAGAGCAGAUACAGUUGUUGACAUAAUUAUUGACACUGCAGACGGGGCAUCAAACACCAUAUACAACACGACUCAGGCAAUGAAAGAAAUGAGUGCAGAUUUAGGAGCCACGGAUCGAGGCCCUGAGGCCACGCGUUUCCUGGCCUCCACAUCCAAGAGCCUCGACAGUCGGGCUGCUGAUAUCGAGAGGCAGGCGAGGAAAAACAGGCGGGCGAUAGAGAAGGGAUUAAGGAUUGUGUACAUAAUAAGUACUGUCAUCAUUUCAGUUAAUUUGGUUGCAGCCAUCUGUCUGUCAGUGCUCGGAAUUCUCAACUUCAGAAGAACGCUUCGCUGGUUGAUUAUUCUUUGUUGGAUACUUACUGUUCUGUGCUGGUUGUUCUUUGGGAUUUACUUCUUCAUAGACAAGUUUGCAUCAGACACAUGCACAGCUUUCGAGAAUUUCCAAGAAGAUCCUUACAAUAGUAGCCUGGGAUCAAUUCUUCCUUGUGAUGACCUAGUUUCUGCAAGAUCAGUUCUGGGUGAUGUUAGCAGGGGGAUUUAUACACUGGUAGAUCAGGUGAACGAAAACAUUUCGAGAUCGUAUGGAAAUUUUGCACAAAUCUGCCAGCCUUUCUCAGAACCGCCCGAGUAUCUGUACCAGCCAGAUAAAUGUCCAUCAAAUACAAUUCGCAUAGAAGACAUUCCUCAGCUAUUGAAGGUGUUGACUUGUACUGACCCAAACUGCAACGGAGGAAUCGUGAUCACCCCGAGGGAAUUCAACUCGAUGCAGGCUUAUGCAACGUCAAUUCAGAACAUACUCAAAGUGUACCCCGGGAUGGAGAGACUAGUCGAGUGUAAAACAGUGAAUGAUGCGUUUGCUGAUAUUCUUGAAAACCACUGCAGACCUUUAAAGAGGAAUGCACAUUUGGUGUGGGGGGCGCUGGUUUUCCUUUCGGUGGUGAUGGUGGCUCUGGUGCUGACCUGGACUGUCGAAGCAGCCCACGAGCAGAGGCAUCACGGGGCCCUGGAUGGUUCUGUGAAGCCACACCGUGAAAAAGAUGAGGAAUUAGGAACUGAACCUGUUCCAGAUCACACAGUCAUGUAAAUAGCAGUCCAAUUCUUUCAGGAAUAGGCUUCUGAGACUAAAAUGCAGUCAAAACAGCAUAUAUGUUCCAUGUACAGCAGCUAUAGAAGGGAAUACAUUGCAGAUUUGCAGCAUCUCAGAAGAAUUGAGAGAUAGGAUUCAUAUUUAUACAUUCGGUUGGAUAUGACCGUGGAGGACUAGGCGUGAUUGGAUAAUUUUCACCCAACCUCAGCAGGUUCCUCUGCCAACCCCAAUAAAACACAUUCUUUUUCCUUCUUUUUGGUACCAAAAUUUACAGAAAUAGAUGACAUAUAUACACAUAUCCUAGCUCUUAUGGAAGCCAAAGGAUGUAAUAGGUAUGCCAAUAUGGGGACAAACCCCUGAAUGGCAAACAUUUCAUUUCAUUAAACUUGUGAUUUAAGUAUAAGAUGAAUUGUUCUUCCUCAUCUGGGCAUCUGGGAUUAUGGAUGAUCAAGGCAUGCAGGGCUUUAACCUUGAA